AACCUAAUAGUGAUAAUCUGUUUUAUGAGUUAAUGAACCUAAGUAGCUAGGUUGCAUUAGUUGCUCCCAACCGACCAAUGGCAAGUCAGUGUCAUCGGAUACCAAAUUGCAUUGGUUGGCAUGUAAUGGACGUGACCUUUUGGUUUAAACUAAUAUGUAUAGUGGCAGCCCCCCUUGCAGCAUCCAUCCGUCUGUGACCAGCUGAUCUAUCAUGGCGCAAUUAAGUAAUAAUUCGACACCAGCUAUGCUGCUGGUGCUCCUGCUGUUACGUACCACAUCCCUAACCCUAACACACCAAAUUCAGGCGACCAAAGCUUAUUGUAUUCACUCCCCUUCUUUAAUACACGAGCGAAAAUGCCCCAGUUGCCUUCAAUGCACCCCCAACUUCCUCUUUUAUUUCCAACCUCCCCUCCAUUUACUAUCCCCCUUUUUAACAUCUCCAAAUUUUACUUUCUAUUCCUCAAAAAUCCUUCUCCAUUUGCUCAACUUUUUCUUCAUAGUUUUGAAACAGUGAGGGAGAGAGCUUUGAAACAAACAUGGAUGGAGUUGGGAGCAAUGUGAAGGUGGUAGAGAGUUCAAGGAGAGUUAGAUACUGUGACGGGGUAUUGAGGCUCCUGGGGCUGCUCCUUACGUUGGUAGCAGCAAUUGUGACGGGAACUAACAGGGAGACAAAGACUAUUUCUAUCAGUAUUUCCAAAACUUUGCCCACCUUGCACGUCCCUGUUACUGCUAAGUGGCAAUACAUGUCUGCCUUUGUGUACUUCCUCGUAUCAAAUGCCAUAGCAUUUUCAUACGCAGCAGCAUCUCUGGUAGCAUCUAUGGCAGUCCGUAAUUCCAAAGACAAGACAGCAAUAGUUCUCGUCAUUCUCGACAUGGCCAUAAUGGGGUUAUUGUUCUCUGCUAAUGGGGCAGCAAUUGCUGUUGGGAUCUUAGGCCACGAUGGUAACUCGCAUGCACAGUGGAAGAAGGUGUGCAAUUUGUUCGGUGGCUUCUGUCAUCAAAUGACUGCUGCUAUAAUCUUAUCGUUGGUUGGAUCGUUGGUUUUCUUUUGGCUGGUAGCACUAGCCAUUCUCAACCUGCACAAGAAACCACGGUAG